AUAAGUACCUAAACUACAACAAAGUCAACCUUUUGCCUCUUCUCAUCUAGAUUGAUCUUCACCUCCUGCACUAGUUUAUAAUAUAGUAUAGUCUAGUUCAUCAUCCCCCACUUUCACCUGCCGGGACCCUGAAAAUCCCUCGAUUAUAUUUCUAAGCUUAGGAUACUUAACUUAGCUUGUAUAGAGUCUACCUUAACUAUUCCCCCUAAUAUCUAAUAUCCCUUCAUAUUCAUCCAUCUCAAACUCUUACCUACCUCUCAUUUUUUUCGUAUACGUAGCCUCAUUGUCCGUAUACCGUGUACAUUAUAUUGCUAUCUAUAGGUAGACAGGUAGAGAGAAUCCGUAUCCUUCAUAAUGGGUUCCCUUCCUCCGGACUCCGACUCCAACCCGCCGCGCCGGCCCCUCCACGAUUCCAUCCCUCCUCUAAUCCUAGGCACCGCUACCUUCAACACGCAAUAUGUUCCAAACCCCUACGAUCUACCAGCUAUCUCUAUCGUAUCGCGCGCUCUCGACCUCGGCGUCCGCGCUUUCGAUACGUCGCCAUACUACGGACCAUCGGAGUUAAUCUUGGGCGACGCCCUAGCUCAUCCCUCCGUCGCCACGGCAUAUCCCCGCUCCUCCUACUUCCUCGUUACUAAAGCCGGCCGCAUCGCCUCUGACGUCUUCGACUAUAGCCCCGCCUGGGUCCGGUACUCGGUCCUGCGAAGUCUAGAGCGUCUACACACCAGCUACCUGGACUUGGUUUACAUGCAUGAUGUCGAGUUCGUCUCGCCCCCUGAGGUGCUAGCCGCCGUGCGCGAGCUGCGUCGCCUACGCGCCGAGGGUAUUAUUCGCUACGUUGGUAUCAGCGGCUACCCCGUCGAGAAGCUGUGCGCCCUCGCCGAGAUGAUUCUCCAUGAGACGGGAGAGCCUCUCGACGCCGUACUGAGCUACGGCCAUUAUACCAUACAGAACACGACAUUGGGUACUUCCGCUAUGGCUAGGUUUGAGAGUGCAGGAGUCGACGUCGUCCUCAAUGCUAGCAUGCUUAAUAUGGGCCUGCUAACAACCAGAGGCGCGGCUACCGGUCCCUUAGCCUCGUGGCAUCCAAGCCCGGAGGGUUUGAGAAAAACAUGUCAGGAUUUGGUAUCUAUCGCGGCAGAUGCGGACGAGAAAUUAGAGGUUGUGGCUAUCCGGUGGGCGUUGGACAACUGGUCAAGAAUCGGCGCAUCUAGAGGCAGUCGUACGCAAAAGCUACCGACCGGGGACCGGGUCGGCGUAAGCGUCAUGGGCAUCUCGAGCGUCCCCGAACUAGAAGAAACAUGCCGCGUAUUCCAGAGCGUAAUCGAGGGCCUCGAACCGGAGACUUCUGAUAUUGAGCGGUCGAAACGAAGGCAAUGGAGCUUGGAUCGUCGUCAGAAGAUCCAAGGGGUAGUAGAAAAGAUGUGGACGGUCCUGGGCCAAUGGAAGGACUACAGCUGGAGUAGUCCCGAGCCUGGAUUCGUCAAUGCGAGAAAGUCUGCUGAUAUCGGUGUUACGCCCAACGAUGGGAUUCUUGCCAAGCAUGCUGCUAAAACUAAUGUGAGUGUGAACAUUGAGGAGUUACCGUUAUCCAUUAUAUAGGAGGUAACUAUAUAAAUGUACCAAACAUUAUAAUGCACGAAAAAUCCUUCGGUACAGAGACUCGCGCGGGGUUUAUAAGAUGUAACCCUGAUAGCGCUAUAAACACGUAUAAGGAUUGGGAUUCUACACCCAUCGAGGCGUUAUGAUCUUCGCGAUCCAUAUGUACUCUUAACAUGUAAAACUUAGGGCAAUGGAAAAACCCGGACGAGGUAUUAUGUCUUCACAUCUGGCUCUCUUGCUCCUAGAAAUACAUCCUAGCAAAGAAUCCCACUGAGCUGUAAAUUUCUUUUUUACCUACCUGAGAGGUACCU